UUUUUUUUAUUUCUUUAAAUCCAUAUUUACUGUUAUAAUGUCUAUAGGAAAGAAUACAGUAAUCGUCAUAUCUAUUUUUUUUAUAUUUAAAUGUAUUAAUUAUUCAUGGUCGAAUUCACAAUUGCAUCAUUUAUAUAAAAGAGACGAAGAACAGUACCUGGUAGAGCAAAAGUGUGAUGAUAUAUACAUGCAAGAAGAACAAUGUGCAUUCGCACUCAAGUAUUGCAUGAAUGCUACUCCAGGCAUCAUUAAUUAUAUUCAACUUUAUUAUUGUUCACCUGUAAAACCUUUAACUCUAAUAUUUAUGUGUUGUUGGUUGUUAUUUCUAUUUGGUUUUGUUGGAGUUGCAGCAUCUGACUUUUUUUGUCCAAAUCUUCAAACAAUUGCAACUGUAUUACACUUGUCUGAAAGUCUAACAGGAGUUACCUUUUUGGCUUUAGGUAAUGGAAGCCCUGAUUUGUUUUCAACUUUUAGUGCUAUGCAAUCAAAUCUAGGUUCGCUUGCACUUGGUGAAUUAAUAGGUGCAGCAUCAUUUAUUGUCAGUAUAGUAGCAGGAUCGAUGUGUGCCAUUAAACCUUUUAGAGUCAAAAAAUUCAGUUUCUUUAGAGAUGUUUCUUUUUUCACUUGUGCUAUUAUUUUAGUAAUGAUAAUUAUAUCUGAUGGAUUUAUUCAGCUUUAUGAGGCUAUCAUUUUGAUUUUAUUUUAUAUUGCUUAUGUUCUGGUUGUAGUAGGAGGAAAUUAUUAUAUGAAGAAGAGAUCGAAUUAUUUAAAUUUAGUAGAGAGAGCUCGUUUAGAAUAUGAGGAUAAUGGUGGCGAUAUUGAUAACUUAUUAAGAGAGAACUUUUACAAUAGUAGCAGUAAUGAAGAUGAAAUGGAGUUAUAUGAUGAAGGCUUUGAAACUGAAGGAUAUCAAGAUUUAUCUCAUCAAAGGAACGGACUACAUUUAAAAUUAAGAGUUCGUACAUCCUUAUUUUCUGCAAUUGAAUUUCAAGAUGUUGUGCAAUCGUUGAAGAAUACAAGCUCUAGAUUUAAUUCUUUAAAUCAUUUUCAUCGACAGCGUCAUCGACAGCAUCAACAAACAUAUGAACCUGAUGAAGUAUCUUUACAUACAACUAAUAGCAUACGUCGUGAUACAUCACCGACUACAUCAAAUCAUCUGAAUACUAGUAAUAAGCUGGAUCAUUUUAUAAAUAAAUACUUUGGUACAAUGUGCAAUAUCAAAUCUGUAAAGCGACAAAUACGUAGACAUUUGUUUCCUAAUUUAAUAGGAUUUCGACAAAAAUCCAGGUUUAGUCAAAUAAGUUCAUUAUUAUCAGUUCCUGUUAUCUUUUUACUGGCCACAACAUUGCCGGUUGUACGAGAAAGUGCAUUAGAUGAUAAUCAUAUUCAACUAAAUGAUGACACGACGAGUUUACUUCAAAAUUAUUAUGAAGAGGAAGAUGAGGAAGGAGACGGAGGAAAUGGUAGUGAAGAAGAGGAAUCCUUGCCCUGGACUAAAUGGUUAACUGCGGUACAAUUGAUAGGCGCCCCAUUAUUAAUAGCAUUCAUAUUAGUUACGCAAGGUAUUUGUUCAGCUAUUAUUGCAAUUCCAUUGACCAUUUUGUUGGGUGUCUCGAUUGCUACUCUAUUUUGGCUUACAACAUCCAAGUAUAGAAAGCCAAGACUUUUUUGGAUGAUGUGUUUUGUUGGAUUUGGGAUAGCUGUAUUAUGGAUUUUUUUAGUUGCUAAUGAAGUAGUAAGUGUAUUACAAGCUAUUGGUAUGGCUCUUGGUAUUAGUGAAGCUAUUCUAGGCUUAACAGUAUUUGCAUUGGGCAAUAGUUUAGGAGAUUUUGUUGCAAAUGUAACUAUGGCCAAGAUGGGAUAUCCACUUAUGGCUAUGAGUGCUUGUUUUGGUGGCCCUAUGUUAAAUAUUAUGCUUGGGAUUGGCAUUAGUGCAACAUAUGUAACGUCACAAAGAAAUGAACCUUAUAAAAUCAAUAUAUCGAAGACAAUAGGUGUCUCAAGUGUUGGUUUAUUGUUAAUUCUUAUUUCGUCUCUUAUUUUGGUGCCAUUAAAUGGAUACAAAAUGUCGAGAGUCUUUGGAUAUAGUUGGAUUGCAGUAUAUCUGAUCUGCACAAUUAUUAAUUUAUAUAUUGAAAUUCACACCUAAAAAAGGAAUUACAGGCAGUCAAAUUUGUGUAUACUCAUUCGUUUAUUAUGAACACAUGUAUUUCUUUUAUAUACAUAUUCUUAUAACCUUUAUCAUCUUAUUAUAUGUAUUCCUUUCAUUGUAUACCAAAAUUAUUAUUAAUAAUACGUACAUAGCUA